AUGUCGUGGAAAGACUAUUUCGGGUUUACGGAUCGGCUGCGGGCCAUUCAGUCUCUCACCACAGCCUACCAGCAGGCGAAUUCUUCGGCCGCAUUUGCAGAUGCCUUAGACCAGGCCAAGCAAUGCGAAAAUCGUGCAUAUGAGAAUGCUAUCACAAAAGAAGAAUAUGAUUCCAUAUGUCAACGGGCAAUUGACACAGCCGAAGGGGAACGGUCCCCAGAUUCUAUCGUCAGUGACUCGCAUCAUUCACAAAACGGUAUUGAAGAAUCAGAGGCCUCAUCCGGCGAGUGUAUUGGCCGAUAUAAAUGUUUCCCUCACUUCGCUGGUCUUCACUCCUCGAUUUACAAGUCAAAGAUAUCUGAUGGAACUGUUUUGGCUGUGAAAGUCACCAUCCCCCACAUGAUGACAGCUCCUCACGACGCGUACCGCGAGGCACGGCUACUCCGUGAAGCCCACCAUCCAAAUGUCGUAGCUGUUACAGAAACAGUCGACCUUGAUGGCGGAAGGUUUGUAAUUGUCUUCCCAUUCAUGCGGUAUGACUUCGAACAGUUGCUCCGGCGAGACAUGGUGACUGCGGCUCAGACAAGAUCGAUACUGCGGGACCUGUUUCUUGCACUUCAGCAUAUCCAUGGCCUAGGGAUUAUUCACCGGGACAUCAAGCCUUCGAAUAUAUUGUUGAACUCUCCCAAUGGACCAGCCUACUUGGCAGACUUUGGUGUAGCAUGGAAAGAUGGAGAUGUGGGGUCCGAAGAGGCAUCGGAAAAAAUCACAGAUGUGGGCACAACCUGUUAUCGGCCCCCAGAAAUCCUUUUCGGAUACAAGGCAUAUGGAAAACCCCUUGAUCUUUGGGCCGCUGGAUGUGUGGCAGCAGAAGCCAUUACGGUCGGCCAUCGUCAGCUGUUUGAUUCCGGGCCAGUUGGUAGCGAUCUGUCGUUGAUUUUCUCCAUCUUCAAACUGAUGGGAACUCCAGAUGAACAGCGUUGGCCGGAAGUCAAAUCCUUGCCGGAUUGGGGGAAAGUAGAAUUCCACUCUUUUCCUCAACAAGCAUGGGAAGAUAUCCUACCCGGUGCAUCUUCCAAUGGGCGUGACUUGGUCAGUCGUUUGCUGUGCUACGAGAGCAAUGAAAGAUUCACCGCCGCAGAGGCCCUGAACCAUCCCUAUUUUGCUGCUUAA